CUCCAGUUUGUCUCAAGCCACUCACGCCAGUGCUUCUCCUGCCGUCGCCUCGGGGUGCGCCAGGCUUCCGGGCGAUGCCGCCGCGUCGCCAGUCCUCGCGCGAGCGCACGAGCUUGGACUCCAAGCUUGUGGUGCAGAACACAUUCAUCAACGCUGUCCCCACCGACUCCGACGAGGCUCUCCCCCGCACGUGCUCGGAGCCCUACGGCAGCUGCAGGCCGUUGGAGCACGGCAGCUGCAGGCCGUCUGAGCUCCGCCUGGGCACGGCAGCGGAGCGCGGCCUCGGCCUGGCCCUGGUCGUCCGCUCGGCGCCUCAGGACGACCACCCGCUGGCCUGGCUGACGCCGACGCCGCCGACGUCGCCGCGCCAGAUGUGGACUGGGCAUGGUGAGCCCGUGGAGGCCCCGGGCGCGCCCGCCUAUGGACCGGACGACGAGGCGGUCGAGCGCUGCACCGCCAGCGCGAAAGAAGGGCUGAAGACCUCCCCGAGGAGCCUCCGCGGGAACCGCAGCUUGUGUGGCGGCGCGAUCGCGUUCUCGUCCGAGAGCACGGUGGCGUCGAGCGGGGGCAGGAGCGCCAGCCCGAACGUCAUCCACUCGGGGUCUCUGGCCUGCCAGGUGCCCCUGCCCGCGUCGCCUGCGUUCUGUGGCAUGAUCCCAGUCGCCGUGCCCGCGGGGAGCGGCAUGUGGAGUGGCGUGGUGGCGCCAGGAGUGGUGCCGUCAGAGGCGCUGCAGGCGACGGAGACGCGGGCACUGACAGCGGCAGCACUGCCGGUGGUGGGCGCGACGUUGCCAGAGGUCAGCGCGGCAGUGCCGGUGGCGGCCUUGCCAGCAUCGCUGGCGGCGACGCUGCCCGCCGCCUUCGGGCCCGCCGAGGGGGCGGCGCCGCUCCCAGUGGCGGCGCUGCCGGGGCAGUGGCCGGGGCAGCUGGCCGUGCCCGUGCCCUUCCCGGGGGUCCCCGUGGCCAUCAUGGGCUGCGGCGGGAGCCAGCCGGCGGGCUCGGAGUACGGGGAGGAGGCGCCGGCGCAGGAGCCGCACCGGAGAGGCAAGCGUUGUGUGACGUCGUUGUCAUCGUGCCCCUCCGCCGACACCCGAUCGACCACGACCUGGUCGACUUCGCGACCUGGCCGUGCGGCGCAGCGCGCCAGCCGUCCGCGCGGAGGCGGCGUCGUGACCGCCCGGGCGCAGCCCUUCAGCCAGGGGCCGGCGUUCGGGCGGCUGCACAAGCUGCACCGCGACGCCCAGGACAGCGGCACCGUCAACGAGGACAGCCGGACGUUCACGAAGCAGUCCUACAACGGCCGCCUCUCGGUCAUCACAGAGGACCAGGUGCACUCGAGCGGAGUGUUGCGCUAUGCCAUCACGUUUGCCAGCGGCGAGCUGAGUAGCGCUGAUGGCGUGGGCUUUGUAUUCUCCGAGAGGCUCCCAUGCCCGAAGAACAUCCAGAAGCUCGUGUCCAUCUUCGUCAACAGGACUGGGCGCAUCUGCAUGCGCGCCCUGUCGAACGUCGUGAGGUACGACGUGGGCGUCAAGCAGCUCGAGGUGGGGGACUGGGUAGAGCUGACUGUGGACAUGGAGGGCCGCACCGCGGAGUUCACAGUGUGGGACGCCGACAACGGAUCUUCUUCAUCAGCGAGCUUCGACUUCGGGGCGGCCCUGCAGCAGAUGAGGCACGAGAUGCCCAACCUGCCGCAGGCAUCGUGCGGGUACGCCGCCUGCGUCGUGAAGAACGUGGGCGUCACCGUGGCCCUGGGGUCGUGACCGACCUCUGGCCGUUCGGGUGGCGGCUGGUCGGGGGAGGGCGGAUGCGAGGG